AUGGGGGUCGAAAACGUUGCUGCCAUGUCCACCACCGAACGAACAAUCCUCCUAACGGCAAAAGCAAGUGCCCGCCGCCAUCUCCGACUAAUAAUAGUGGAACCAGAUUUCUACCUCGCGAAGCUAAAAUAUGCGAUGGACUUUGUCUGGGCGAAAUGUGCUUUCUCCUUCCUGCUACUAUUAAAAUUAUCCCGUCUACUACCUGAACGAGACGAGGAAUAUCAAGAGCUUCUAGACCACGGCAACCAACUGGUGUCUGAAUUAAGCAAAGCAGGCUCCAACGGGAACCAGUCUGGUGCUGGAAAUAUCUACCUGCAGAUUUUGAAGGUCAGUAUCGAGAAAUAUGGACGUGCAUUGCGGGAAACGCAGCAGCCGAGCUCAGAUGGACAAAUCGCGACAUCGCCGUUCUGGGAACUAUUCGAUGCGCAGGCAGAUCUCCAGUGGUUCGUACCUGAGUAG